AUGUCUGUGAGAGUACUGAAUCCGAAUGCCGAGGUUCUCAACAAAUCGGCGGCGCUUCAUAUGACCAUUAACGCCGCCAAGGGUUUGCAGGAUGUACUCAAGUCGAAUCUCGGUCCUAAAGGAACAAUCAAGAUGCUAGUUGGUGGGUCAGGGGAUAUUAAGCUUACCAAGGAUGGGAACACGCUAUUGAAGGAAAUGCAAAUUCAGAAUCCAACAGCCAUUAUGAUUGCAAGGACAGCUGUUGCACAGGAUGACAUAAGUGGUGAUGGUACUACUUCCACUGUCAUCUUCAUUGGUGAGCUUAUGAAACAGUCCGAGCGCUGCAUUGAUGAAGGAAUGCAUCCACGUGUCCUAGUUGAUGGUUUUGAGAUUGCUAAGAGAGCUACUCUUCAAUUUCUCGAGAACUUCAAGACCCCUGUGAUUAUGGGUGAUGAACCUGAUAAAGAGAUCCUUAAAAUGGUUGCAAGAACGACACUCAGAACAAAGUUGUACGAAGGAUUGGCUGAUCAACUGACUGACAUUGUGGUUAAUUCUGUACUCUGUAUCCGAAAGCCUGAGGAAGGUAUUGAUCUGUUUAUGGUGGAGAUAAUGCACAUGCGCCACAAAUUCGAUGUUGACACACGAUUGGUUGAGGGGCUUGUUCUAGAUCAUGGUUCGAGACACCCUGAUAUGAAACGACGUGCAGAGAAUUGCCACAUCUUAACUUGCAAUGUGUCGCUGGAAUAUGAGAAGAGCGAAAUUAAUGCAGGGUUUUUCUACUCUAAUGCGGAGCAGAGAGAAGCCAUGGUUACUGCAGAGAGGCGAUCUGUUGAUGAAAGAGUGAAGAAAAUUAUUGAGCUGAAGAACAAGGUGUGUGCUGAUAAUGAUAACAACUUUGUUAUCAUAAAUCAAAAGGGUAUUGACCCACCAUCAUUGGAUCUUCUUGCUAGAGAAGGGAUUAUUGCCCUUAGAAGAGCAAAGAGGAGGAACAUGGAACGUUUAGUUUUGGCCUGUGGUGGAGAAGCAGUCAAUUCUGUUGACGACUUGACCCCUGAGUCUCUUGGAUGGGCUGGACUUGUCUAUGAGCACGUUCUUGGGGAGGAAAAGUACACUUUUGUGGAGCAAGUGAAGAAUCCUUAUUCAUGUACCAUCCUAAUUAAAGGGCCUAAUGACCACACCAUUGCUCAAAUUAAGGAUGCUGUUCGUGAUGGUCUAAGAUCGGUCAAGAACACCAUUGAAGACGAGUGUGUUGUGUUAGGAGCAGGAGCGUUUGAAGUUGCAGCAAGACAACACUUACUCAAUGAAGUCAAGAAAACCGUUCAAGGGCGUGCCCAACUUGGCGUUGAAGCUUUCGCUAAUGCCCUUCUCGUGAUACCUAAGACACUUGCAGAAAAUGCAGGUCUUGACACCCAAGACGUGAUCAUUUCUCUUACGAGCGAGCAUGACAAAGGAAACGUCGUGGGACUGAACCUUCAGGACGGUGAACCAAUUGACCCGCAGCUCACUGGUAUAUUCGACAAUUACUCGGUGAAACGCCAACUUAUCAAUUCAGGGCCAGUGAUUGCGUCGCAGUUGCUUUUGGUGGACGAAGUGAUUCGUGCAGGAAGAAAUAUGAGGAAGCCUACUGCUUGA